CGGUCGCUCAUCGUUCAACUAACGCUUCACAGUCUCAAAAAUGGUCAAGGUCUACAAGCCCGGCAAGGUUGCCGUUGUCCUCUCGGGCCGCCAGGCCGGCAAGAAGGUCGUUGUCAUCCAGCAGCGCGACGAGGGCACCAAGGAGCGCCCCUACCCCCACGCCAUCGUUGCCGGCAUUGAGCGCUACCCGCUCAAGGUGACCAAGUCCAUGGGCAAGAAGAAGGUUGCCAAGCGCUCCAAGGUCAAGCCCUUCAUCAAGGUCGUCAACUACGCCCACCUCCUCCCCACCCGCUACGUGCUCGAGCUCGAGAACCUCAAGGGUGCCGUCACCUCGGACACGUUCAAGGAGCCGACCCAGCGUGAGGACUCGAAGAAGGCCAUCAAGAAGGCCUUUGAGGAGCGCUACGCCAAGGGCAACAACCGCUGGUUCUUCUCCAAGCUCCGCUUCUAAGCGUAUCGAUAGCUUUUUGCUGCGUUGCGGACGGACGGAUGUAGAGGCCACCCCAGGGGUUUAUGUACCAGAUCGUGAUAUGCGAUCACCACCUGCAUGACCAUGUUGUGUUGCGCCGGGGUGAGGAGGUGUGCAGGAAGGGCGCAGAGGGGUGCAUAGGAGCUCGCGGCGGCGCGAGCAGAAUGUCCUCGUCACCGUGAGCAGACUGGAGGUCGCCGAAGCCGUCCCAGCCUUGCGCAGCUAGCGGG